AUGGCAAACUUUCUAUCGAGACAGAAUAGUUUUUUGGAUGCUACGCAUUCUAUAUCAAACCAAUCGCAGACGUCGGAAGUAGCAAACGAAGAUGAAGCCUCCACCUUUGAAGAAAGAAAAGAUGAACUAUUCCAUAUGGAUACUGACCUCAAUGAGUCCUUUUCAACCAUGAAUGACUCAUGGCAACCAAUGCAAGUGAUUACAAGCUCCACGCCUGUGUUGGAAGAUGAAGACCCGCUGAGUAGCUUCUCAUGCCAGCCUGGUGAAAUUACAAAUCAAGAAUUGUUGACAGAUGCCCAAUAUACGCGUGUUUAUCGAGACGAAAACGAAGACCAAAAGCAUCAGCUUGAUAGCAACGCUAUGAAGGUACUCAGUAUUAAUGACAACGAUCAAGAUGAGUUAAACAUGGAGAACCAAAUGGGUGUCACUGAAGGUAUUCUGACUGAAUCAGAAAAAAUGGCAUACGCUGGCGUAUGCAGAUUAGCAAUAAUGUUAAUGGUUGAUAAUGUCGCUCAACUAACGUCUUUUUCUUGGUAUCGAGGCGAAUGCAAAAGCGCGCUUGAAAACAUCAUUGUUUGGGCCGACAAGGUUACCGAAAACUUGUAUGAACAUCUGGACAUCUCUAAGGAAGAACGAAAAAUGAUUGAAAAUCUUCAGCGGCAUUCUGUCUCGUUAGGAGACCUUGCCAAAAUCCUUGUAUCAUCUAAUCAUGUAACUUCAACUUCAGACAUUCUGGAAGAUGAAGACUUAGUUGAUGAAGCUGUUGCGUCAGAUUUGAAGACAUCUAAAGAAGUACGGAUUGACGUUCGUUGGACUGUGAUUUGUGAUCUUUUCCUGGUGUUAAUAUCCAAAUCCAUCUAUGAUGCUCGUUCACGUGUACUCUUAUACUUUGUGGGCAAAUUGUUGGGUUUAGACUCGUUGGAAAUCACAAAGUUUGAGAAAUACAUAAUUGAGACCAUCGAAACUGAUCAUGUUAAUGAAUUAGACAUGGGAUCAAGCUCGAAUAGUGAAGCUGUCGUCAAAUUUCGUAAGAAAUUUUCGAAACGUCGCAAAUAUGUCUUGAUGGGUUUGGCAGGUGUCGGUGGAGGUUUAGUCAUUGGGCUCUCUUCUGGUCUUUUAGCUCCCUUUAUUUCAGCUGGUAUAGGAGCUGCAUUUACUACUGUUGGCUUGGGUGGUGUCGCAUCUUCAGGUUUCUUGGCUGGCGGAGGAAGCGCAGCUAUAAUUACCGUCGGGGGUGUUUUAUCUGGAACACAUUUAGGAACCGCUGGAAUGGCUCGUAGAAAAGCCGAUGUCAAAACUUUUGAAUUUCGGCCAUUACAUGCCAACGGACGUUCCAAUGUUGUUGUAACCGUAUCUGGGUGGAUGUCAGGUAAAGAAGAUGAUGUGCGUUUGUCGUUUUCUUCCCUUGAUCCAAUAGUUGGCGAUGUGUUUUCGGUUCUCUGGGAGCCUGAAGUGCUUGCGUCUGCUGGUCAGACGAUGAACAUUUUAGCUACCGAAGUUAUGACCCAAUCAUUGCAACAAGUUUUGGGUUCCACGGUACUGGUAUCAUUGAUGGGUGCAAUCCAAGUUCCUUUAAUUCUAACAAAACUGAGCUAUUUAAUAGAUAAUCCCUGGAACAACUCUUUGGAUCGAGCCAAAUCCACUGGUCAAUUGCUCGCCGAUUUAUUGUGCUAUAGGUAUUUAGGAGUCAGACCGGUAACCUUAGUAGGCUAUUCAUUAGGUGCUCGUGUGAUAUACUAUUGUUUGAGAGAGUUAGAGAAGAAGAAAGAGUAUAGUGUGGUGGAAAACGUGUAUAUCUUUGGUACUCCCGUUAUCUUUAAGCGUUCUUCUUGGCUAAAAGCAAGUUCAGUUGUAGCCGGACGUUUUGUUAACGGCUUCAAGAAAAAUGACUGGAUCCUUGGUUAUCUCUUUCGAGCUACUUCUGGUGGAAUAGGACGCGUUGCUGGAUUGAGAAGCAUUGACGAUAUUCCUGGCAUGGAAAAUAUUGAUGUUACUGAUUUAGUCCCAGGUCACUUAGCUUAUCGAGAAGUUAUGCCGGAGCUAUUGUCUUUAAUUGGAUUUGAGUUACUUAAUGAAGAACCAGAUCUUGUACAGGAACCAAUACCUGAGUCUUUACAGGAGCGACAAUCCGAGCUGCUUCAUGAAGUUGAAGCGGAAGAGUGUCAAAAAAAGCAACAAGAGCUGAUUGCUCAUACUAUGAAAGCGAAGGGACGUAAGUAUACACCUGAAAGUACUUCUAUUUAUCGUAGUCUAAAGAAAUCUAAAAAGAAAUGCGGUUCAUCUUCGAAACCAUAG